GCCUUGUGUACCGGAAGUAAAUGUUGAGAACUGAUUUGUAUCGGGAAUUAUUUAAGCCUACGGUGUGAAAGAAGAUGGACACACUACAUAAACUAAAACAAUUUGAUGCCUAUCCGAAAACUCUUGAGGAUUUCCGAAUUAAAACAUGCGGUGGAGCUACGGUCACCAUCAUAAGUGGUCUCAUCAUGUUGAUCCUGUUCUUCUCAGAGUUGCAGUAUUAUCUUACUAAGGAGGUCCAUCCUGAAUUGUUUGUGGACACAUCACGAGGAGACAAACUGAAAAUCAACAUUAAUGUGAUAUUUCCUAACAUGCCGUGUGCCUAUCUCAGCAUUGAUGCCAUGGAUGUUGCUGGAGAGCAGCAGUUGGAUGUGGAACACAACCUGUUCAAGCAAAGGCUCGACAAGGAUGGCAAUCCUGUCACUACAGAGGCAGAGAAACAUGAUUUGGGACAAGAGGAAGGUGAAAUCUUUGACCCUAGUAAGCUAGAUCCUGAGCGGUGUGAAAGCUGCUAUGGAGCAGAGACAGAGGAUUUGAAGUGCUGUAACACCUGUGAUGACGUUCGGGAAGCGUAUCGCAGGCGGGGCUGGGCCUUCAAGAACCCUGACACCAUAGAGCAGUGCAAGAGGGAGGGCUUCAGCCAGAAGAUGCAGGAGCAGAAGAACGAGGGCUGCCAGAUUUAUGGCUUUCUUGAGGUCAACAAGGUGGCAGGAAAUUUCCACUUUGCCCCUGGAAAGAGUUUCCAGCAGUCCCAUGUUCAUGUGCACGCUGUGGAAAUUCAUGAUCUGCAGAGCUUUGGACUAGACAACAUCAACAUGACUCACUUGAUCAAGCAUUUAUCCUUUGGGAGGGACUACCCUGGUAUCGUCAAUCCUUUGGAUGGAACUGAUGUUGCGGCUCCACAAGCUUCCAUGAUGUAUCAGUACUUUGUGAAGAUUGUCCCAACCAUCUAUGUGAAAUGGGAUGGAGAGGUGGUUAAAACAAACCAAUUCUCUGUAACGCGACAUGAGAAAGUAGCCAAUGGGUUGAUCGGAGACCAGGGCCUACCUGGUGUGUUUGUAUUAUAUGAACUCUCCCCUAUGAUGGUCAAAUUCACAGAGAAACAGAGAUCAUUCACUCAUUUUCUUACAGGACUGUGUGCCAUUGUAGGAGGUGUAUUUACAGUGGCUGGACUAAUUGAUUCCUUGAUAUACCACUCGGCAAAAGCCAUCCAGAAGAAGAUUGAACUGGGCAAGGCAUCUUAGUGGAGUGUUUUGCACAAGGGCAAACCAGACUGUUCAUCAUUCUCCGGAUGGGCCUAUCUGUAAAAGGGAAGUGACUACAAACUGAUGCUAACUAACAUGGCAAUAAACAAAAUCAGAAUAAUCUCCCUCAAUAUGGAAAGGAAAUUUGACCGCUAACUCUCCCAUUAGUUAUUUUUGUUUUUACAUCCCUUAUCCAUACAAAGAAUGAAAGACCGACUCACUGGACAGGAGUGAUUUAACAGAUGUUUUUGAUCACAUUUGAUUCAUCCCCAGUCCAAGCACAUUGUAUCUAUCAGUUGCUUCCCAUAUAGACGUAACAAAUAUAAACACAACAUGGAACAAUUUCAAAGAUUGUACUGAUUUACAGUACAUAAAAGGAAAAGUCAAUGAAAAUAAAUUCAUUAGGCGCUAAUCUGGAUUUCACAUGACUGGGAAUACUGAUAUGCAUCUGGUCAGAGAUACCUUAAAGGUAGGGGUGUGGAUCAGAACCAGUCAGUAUAUGGUGUGACCACCAUUUGCAUCAUGUAGAGCAACAUCUCUUUCCCAUAGUUGAUCAAGCUGUUGAUUGCAGUCUGUGGAAUGUUGUUCCACUCCUCUUCAAUAGCUAUGCAAAGUUAUUGGAUAUUCGCAGGAACUGGAACAUGCUGUCUUAAAUGUUGAUCCAGGGCAUCCCAAACAUGCACAACGGGUGACAUGUCUGAGUGCAGGCCAUGGAAGAACUGGGACAUGUUCAGCUUCCAGGAAUUGUGUACAGAUCCUUGUGACAUGGGGCUGUGCAUUAUCAUGCUGAAACAGGAGUGACAAUGGACCUCAGGAUCUUGUCAUGACAUUCAACUUGCCAUCGGUGAGAAAAAAGAAGAAACCUGCGCAAUGUUCUUGCUAGUAUCACUGCUCUUUAUUAAGCUUUAUGUAUCGGCCUCAAGGUCUUCAUUACUGCUUUAAAAAGCAGUUGUGUGUGUUGUCUGUAGCUUAUGCCUGCCGAAAUCAUAACCCCACCGCCACCAUGGGGCACUCGGCAAACCACUCACCCACAUAACGCCAUACACACUGUCUGCCAUCUGCCCGGUACAGUUAA